AUCAUUUAUUUUUAAACAGGAGAAAAAAACGUACAAAUAAUCGUAUUUCUUUGUUUUCAAUUCUAAUUUUAUUGGAUUUAUUAAAAUGCAGCAUAAUGCUAUUAAUUUUAUAAAAUUAAUUGAAUUGAUUUUUUUUUUUUUGGUAUAGACAGCAUUGCCUUCUAUACUGGGUAUUAUUAUUCACUUAUUAAAUUAAAAAGAAGUCUGCUGUCUGUUUCAAGUUUUGCAAUCCACCGCUAGAUGGCAGGGUCGCGGGACCACAUCUGAGGACCAUUUAUAUGUUGUAUACAUUAAUGAACAUUGAUAUGAAUAGGCCCUUAGAUUUAGUUUAUAAACUAAAUCUAAGGGCCUAUUCAUAUUAAUGGAAAAACAAACUAGGAUUGUUCUACUUAACAAAAUAGAAUAUAUUUGGUAUACGCAGAUAGGCUAUACCUAUUUACAGUUUAUGAGAUAGGCUACACAAUUAUUCUCCUUUCUGCUAUGUGUGCGCGCGUGUGCUCGUGUGUGUGUGUGUGAGUGACAGAAGGUAGCAGAGAAGAGGUAAGCUACAAUAGAAGAGGAGAGCUCGAGAAAGACCAGAUAACCAAGGCAGAGCAUGGAGAGUAUUCAUGUAGCGACAGCAGUGUGACACGGUGACUUUUCUCCUCGGCCAUUAUAAUAUCACUCAUCACUAAACAUGGAGAUUAUCAUAUGAUUAUUAUUUUUUUUGUACUUCUCUAUCCUCUUACAAACUACUCCAAACUUGUCCGCGAUGAACGUGUCUGCAGGGACAGGGGUGUUUGUGCUCUCCUUGAUGUCCAUCCCCAUCUGCUACUUAUUCAACUACCUCAUUCACAACAACAGUGCUGAAGCUUUCUUCUUCGCUGGUUGCAUAACAGUCCUCAUCCUCGCCAUUUCGGCACGUUUUAUACUCAAAAAGAAGGCUCCAGUAGAUCCUGUUUUCUAUGUGUUUGCAGUGCAUGCUUUCCUCAGUGUUGUGAAUCUGAUCAUCGGGUUGGAGCAGGACAACAUCAUUGAUGGAUUUGUGACAUUUUAUCUCAAAGAGGCAGAUCCACACAUAAAUACAGCACAUGGGCACAUGAUCUCGUUCUGGGACGGCUGUGUGCACUAUCUCAUGUAUCUGCUCAUGAUUGCUGCAAUUACAUGGGGGGACAGUUACAGAGCCAUUGGACUUUACUGGGUGGGAUCUUUUCUCAUGCGUGCCAUAGUCUACAUUCUUGGGAAUGCUGUGGGGAAAUACGGGACUCACGUUGGUCCUCUGUUCCUCCUCCACAUGCUGUAUAUCUCAGUCACCGUCUGGGCUUGCUUUUGCAUCUUCAGCCAGCCAUCCAUAAGGGAUGUUCAGCUGACGAACAAUCGGGAGGCUGAAAGAAAAAGUUUACUCCACAGACUUCUGGACUUACUGUUCAUCAUCUACCUUAUCCCUGCUUUCGCUUUCUGUGUUUUCAGGGGCCUGAUUGUUCUUGACUGUUCCAGUGAUUGGUGUCAAGAGUACACACGACAAUAUGAACCAUACCUGAAAGACCCUUCGGCCUAUCCUAAAGUGCAGAUGCUGGUGAACAUGCUGUACUCUGGACCAUAUUACAUCAUUACUCUGUAUGGGCUGAUGGUUCCUGGUUGUGAAUGGGUUCCAGACCUGACUCUGGUGCACUCAGGAGCAUUGGCACAGGCCCAGUUUUCUCAUAUUGGAGCGUCUCUUCACACACGGACACCGUUCUCCUACAGAGUGCCUGCUGACAGCCAGCUGGUCUUCUUGCUAGUCAAUGUCCUGUAUGUUCUGGUGCCCCAGGCUUUGUGCUAUCGCUGCUGCACCAGGUCUGCCUUCUUCCUCAGGCGAACACCGGACAAAAAGACUGAAUAACAGAGAGUGCCAUGGAUGAUGAGGAUGCCUGACUUAAAGGGCUAAAGUUUGCAGUUAUUAGCAGUUUUGCAUUUGGAGAGAAUUUGCCUCUAGUCAACUUGAUGACAGUUUAGUGGAUUUAUUGGAAAAAUGACAAAAUAUUCCAGUGUCAGAGUUUGUGUAGUCAUGCAUGAAUGUUUUUUUUUUUUUUUUUUUUGCUUAUUGUGAAAAUGUGAGCAUAAAAAGUAAAAAAAACAAGUUAGCACCGGAAGGCACCCAUUGUAUCACAGUUUUUCUUUAGGACUGUAUGGCAUUCAAACUACUUAACAACACUUAUUUUUGUUGUAUUUUUUUGUAAAGUUUCUUUUUAGGUAAAAAAAAAAAAAUGCUUUGAUGUUGGCACUAAGGUUUCUGUUCAAUGCCUUUUUGCCAAUUGGUCGGCUAGUAAAAUCAUAAAAUCAUAAAAUCA